UUAUUACACCAUCAAACAAGUGUAAAGAAAAUUCGAAUUGUCUUUACUAUUAAGUCAUUAAUAUGGAGUGGACACAAAAACACCGAAAUGGUCAUAGGAAGCUACAUUGUAUAAUGAGAAUAAAUCGGUAAUUCCACUCCCCUUGAACUUUGUGACGGGCGCGCUUGAUUUUUCCAAAAGGUGUACACCGUGAACACAUUUGUAAAUCAAGUGCAAAGGUGUAGCGUUUAGGUGUACACAGGGUGUACACUUUUCUACACCGAGUCAGGGGCAUGUGUUGUUGGAUGUAGCACUGAAACCAAUAUGGCGGACGAAUGUUAUGAUGGGAACUUGGAAAAUGAUUUUAAGUAAUGUAACGGAUUAGAAGUCGCAUAAAAGUUGUCGUUUGUAUGAAAGCCAUUAAAUUUGAAAUGUGUGUUUAUUUUAUUGCAUUUAUAUCACAAAAAAAAUAUUCUUUGUUAAAACUGCACCCUUUUCCGUCAUAUUCAUUCUUAACUUCCCUACACCAUGUACACUACACCAUUGAAGUGGACUUGAUAUACAAUACAAAAUGUUUAUACCGGUGUAUACCGGUGUAUACCAAGUUAAGCUUAAUCAAGUGCGACCAUAGUUCUUGUUUUGUUUUUUAAUUUCAGUUUAUAACCCUGUUUUGCUUUUCCUGUUACCCAAAGCGAAAGUGAUAAUAUAAACUUGCAGUUGGUUUGAUUGUGUAUGGUGUUACUUUGGGAAGCUUUUGAUUAAGUUGUCUCAAAUAUUUAGCGUCUACUUUAGGAAUAAAACAUGGCAUCGCUAAGCACACUACAGACCUCUAUCGAAUGUGAGAAUUACGCUUGUGCAGAGAAAUGUAAAUUUUACUGCAACUCUUGUUACACACCGUUAUGUGAGAAAUGCAAAGAUGUUCAUCUCUCUAGUUCGGUGACAAGUUGCCAUGAAGUUGUACAUUAUCAACAAAGACUUAGGAGUUUACUAAUGGAAAAAUGCAAAUUCCAUCCAACGAGAAUAGCAGAUAUUUGUUGCGAGGAAUGCGAAGUUACAGUAUGUUCUAAAUGCACAACUAUUCCUCAACACAAGGGUCAUACCUUUGUUGAUUUAGAAACAAUCUGCACGGAAAGAUUCCACUUCUACCAAAAGAAAUCGUCUGAAAUUCUCGAAUGUUAUAUUCCAGGAGCCCAUGACGUUGAAAAAGAGAUCGAAAUGAAUCUGCACAUCUUAAACCACUUAGUUGAUGAUAUACGAAUUUCUAUGUAUGAGGAAUUUCAGGAGUUUAUGCAAGUGGCAGAUACCAUUCUUUCUGAUAAUCUGAAAAUGCUUGACCAAAUGGCGUCAGAACAUCGGGCAGAAAUGGAAGACCAUUACAUAACCAUUGGUGACUAUAUCACACAUUUGGAAGAACUUCUAAGCAAGUACAAUGAUGACACAGAUGUCGAAAGUACGGAUGCACUGAUUUUGUUUCAAAAGCACAAAAAGGAUUUCGAUAUUCCGUCAAUUCCCGAAAAUCGUAAAAUGAACAAUUUUCCUUGCUUUAAAGCGGGUUCUUUUACAAGGAAAGACAUUGCUGAUAUUUUAGGAAAAGCCUUUUUCCCUAAAUCACGAAAGGGAAAAAAGACAAACAACUCUCACUAAGCGUAAAGAGAAAAAAGCUAAAUAAUUUAAGGAUUUUUUCCGUGAUACAAUAUUUUUGAUUUGUAUACACGUGCAAAGACUGACGUUUUAGGACAUUAAUGGAUGUGAUAUGUUUAGCAAAUAUUUUUUUUUUUUACGAUUUUGAAUUGAUUGAUGAACAAUAGUAAUUUUAAAGAAAAAUUUGUUGAGAUGAAAACAGCUGGAAAUAUUACGUUCUUCUAUAUUCCAGUCACAUGGUUUAACUAAACACCCCUAAGCCUGUGCAAAAGAGAGCUCUCUUGCCGACUUUGAGGACAAAUAGGCAAACCUGUACUUAUGUUUUAUCAAGAUGCAAACAUAAAGCAACACAUAUCAAACGAAGGUGUAUGGUAACAUGUAAUAUUUUUUAAAGUAGCUUGAUCAUCUUGAAUCUUAUAAUCAUGAUAUAUUAUAUAAAAAUAUCAAUACUAAUUUAAAGGGACUUGGACACGAUUUAAAAUCAAAAGGUUUAUUUUUUAUUUUUUAUGUAUAAAAUGGUUUACCGAUGCAUUUAAAUAAUUGACAAAAAUAUUGAAGGUUAACGUCAAGUUACAAGCGAGAUACAGAGGUAAGAAUUUUAAUUCAAUAUCUUCAUAAAUACUAUUAUCAACAAAAGAAAGAUACAUUUGAUUAAAACUUACACCAGUACAACACAUACUUUUAUGCGAAAGAAUGAUAAUAUUGGAGCAUGGUUUACAAAACAAAGAAUUAUGAACUCUUUAUAUUGCUUUUAACUUGAUAUUUGUUUUUAAAAUUUUGACAUAGCAUCAUAAACUUCUAUAUUUAUCAGUAUAAACAUUGAAAGGGGGAAAAUAAAAUUUGAAAAUGUUAGGUCAACCCGUGUCCAAGUCCCUUUAUAGUUAAACGGUGUGCCAUUUUCCCCUUUACACUCCUAGUAAAACAUGGAAGCUCUAUUAUCGCAAAUAUUUCCGUAAGUAUGCUUUAUCAAUUCAAAAAGAUAUUUAUUUCACAAAUAUCACUAUUUAAAAAGUAUUUUAAAGUUUUCAAGCAUGGGAAAAGUUUUUAAAUUCAGUAUUCUGUAACUGAAAUGAUGGUUAAUAUGUUGAACGAUUGAAGUAGAAAUGAUCGCCAAACUUUCAUUUUGCUGCAAACCGAGGUCGUCUAAAUUCGUGGAAAGGCAAAAAAAAUGUAAAAAGAAAAAUUCUCUUUUUUUGCAUUGUUUAUGAAGUUUCGUUAAGACUGGAAACAGUAUAGAUUAUAAACUGUUUUUUAAUUUAGUACAGUUUUGAGACAUGCAUGAUAAGAUAAUGAACCAGAUUUUAGAUGAACACGAUUUAAAUGAGUAUUUUUGUAUCAUAAACUAUUUUUUUAAUCGUGUGUUGGUUUAGUUAUGAAAACUAAAAAACCGGAUGCGCAAAUAGUAUUAAAUAAUCUUGUCGUAAAAAAUGCUUCUUUAAAUUUCAUUAAAUUUUUUUGUUCAAAGUGGCUAUUUGAUGCAUAUUGUAACGUCAAAGCCAAUUAUUGUGUUACAUUACAUACAACCAUGAAAUUUCGCCAUACAAACAACUAUCUAGAUAGUUGGAUGGUUAAAGCAAU